UCUUCUCAAGUAAGCAAAAACAACCCAAAACAUCAGCAUCACUCAUCACUCGCAGCUUCUCAGUGGCAGACCUUGUGCAUGUGAGUCCAUUCAUACAGAGGAUCCACAUCUGACUACUCCAGCUGUAGUGCCUGUGCUGUGUGUGUGUGUGUGUCUGAGUGUGUGUGUGUCACACUGAAUGACAUACAAAGGAAGAGGGAGAGAGAGUGAGAGAGAGUGAGAGAGAGAGAGAGCGUACAGGCUCACAGAGAAGAUCUCAGGGGCAACAGAUCUGGUCUGCUCAGCUGUAAAAGACCAAACACAACGGGAUGGAUCUUUGCACAACGUGAACGAGAGCGAAGAACAGCUGCCGCACACACACAGAAAGUCACGAUGUCAGGGAUGGACGUCCCAUUGGUAGACCACAAUGAGACGGGAAUCUUUCCGAUAGACAAUGGGACUUUCCUCCGUUUCUCCCCAACCUCUGCUUCCACGUCGGCGGCCGCAUCAUCACCAGGACGUCCGGGCAACGUUUACAUUUAUGUGUGGCUCUUCCUCGGCCUGCUGGUGUUCCUGCUGACGCUGCUCAUCAUCUCCCUCCACAGACUGAAGAACAUCAUCUCCUCCUCCUCCUCUGUGCCCGACUGCAGCAGCGAGGGAGGUAGCUCCUUCACCAACAUGGAGAUCUGCAGCAUCUCAUCUCAGAGGUCCACCAUCUCCUCAUUGUCCACCUGAGGGAGAUGGGAGGGGCAGCACAUGCAGACGAACGGACAGAGAUGUCCAAGUACAUUUCCUCAUGCAUGCACACAACAACAGGCAAAGCAUGCAAACACACAAAGCACACAGACACAGAGACAGCAUGGCAUUACAUGCAUGUAUAUUCUAAUCCAGAUUAUCCAGUGAGUCUGGUGUUUUAAUGCCUAGACACAAGUGGAAAUAUAGCUUGAAAUGUGAUGAAGAGAUCUUCAGGGGUGUGAGCGACUGAACAUUUCUGAACAACUAAGACAAACAAGCCUGAGGAACUGUUUUUUCUUUGUAGGAAAAAGCAUCGUGAGGAACAGUUAUCUUUCAUUUCAUGCUCUGUACUUGUCAAGUAGAAUGAGUAACAUUGCUUUCAUGUGAUGCUUUGUACAGCAUGUCUCAUAAUGCCUGUAGACUACAUAAAAAAAUCUGAAUUACAGUAAUAUUAAAGACCAUUACUUUGUACAGAAAUGAAAUUUUUCUGCCUCAGCUGUCAGUCGGUGAGACUUUGAGAUGCAGCAGCAGAGUAAAACACCUUAAAAACUGCACAACUGAACGGAUUCCUUGGGAAAUUCUUGGUAAUGCAGACCUCGCCACUGAUGUAAGGUGAGAGAGAAUUGAGGGUUGCGUGUUAAGACCUAUCGACAGCCAUCUGCGGCUACAGAAAGGCCGGGGCAAAAGUGGCAUAAACAACAAGAUGAAACUGUGGUCCUGAAAGACAGGUCUACCAGCGUGACGGAUUACCCUGUCCUGCCUGUCAGCGCGCACGGUGUCUGAUCGCAGUCUCCAUAGUGACUGAAGCAUGAGAGCUCUGUGCAGCUGUCAGCCUCGUCCAGGAUAAAGCCACAGCGAUGUCUGCUUCUGCUCCAAACACAUCAUUUUUAUUUUGAUACUGUCAUAUGUAGGUUCUCUGACUUCACACAGUGAGAACAAAUGAUUUUAAAAAGUUUGAUUCAUCUUCAUCACACGGCAGAGAUGACUGCUCCGAAGACACCAACAAUACAACACAUCACGUCUGUCUGUGUUCUUCUUUCACAAAUCUCUGUUCACACAUCAAUCUGUGUGUUUCAGGUGCUACAUGGACCAUUUUAACUGAAAACACUCUCUCUGCUCUGGUCACUGUUUAUAUGAGGCGCAGUAAAGACUGCACUCUUCAAUGAUUGUUUUUUUUCAUGUCAAUUUAGACAAACACAUGUAGCAUAAUCCAUGAAGUCAAAAGUGAAACUGUAAAUGUUCCUGUGUCGCAUGGACACAAAUAAAGAAAAACGAUUUUAAUUCCAGAUGUAACGAAUGUAAUCAACUUUUUCCAGCUCCAUGCCCAAAUUUAGACGACAAAAUGAGUGUUUAAAAAAGACGAGCUCAGUGUUUCAUGAUGAAUCUGUACGCACACCAAUCAAAAAGCUAUUAUGGUUUAAUGUAACACAGAAAAACAUUGUUUUUUUUCGUCUGGUGGGUGUUAAAAUAAUACAGUGAAGAUUAUGUUGUUUAGCCUGUUGAAUUAGAGCUGUCAUUUUCAGUCCUGCAAACACAGACGCAACAUUUCAUGAAGGCACAAAAUUGAUUAAAAUUCUU